CCUCUUUUCUCGUGGUUGCCUUUCAAGACUAAUCAUGUCUGGAGACUUGCAGUGGGCUAUUAUCAGAAACAACAGUUGCUUCUUGGUCAAAAGCCAGGGCAAGACUCUUACCAAGGAGCCCAACAAUGUCACCGGGAUAAACAGUUACAAGUACAAUGGUCUGGUAAACAAGAAGGUUAUGGGUGUCGAGCAAGCACCAAGUGGAAAGGGGGUUGUCUUGACUGUCAAGAAGACAUCUGGAGCUACCAACAAGCCUUGCAAGAUGUACCACAAGGUUACUCUAGCUAAAGACUCACGCCGCUCUCUCAAGGCAAUCAAGAGUCUAUGCAGCAAUGGCUACUACCGCCAAGAUCUUCAAGAUGCUGCCCUUCGACGUGCUAGCCUUAUUCUACGCAGCCAGAAACCCACUGCUGGGGUACAGAAGAAACGAUCUCGCAGAAAGCGCAGUUAAAUGAAACUGUUAAUUGUUACAUCUUGACAAUAAAAGAGUAUCAAUAAUU